AUGGCUACUCCAAUGGAUUCCGUGCUACUUAUUGGGGGAUCUGGGUUUUUGGGUCUUCAUUUGAUCCAGCAAUUCUGGGAAGAGUCACCAAGACCUGAUAUACACGUAUUUGAUAUCCGUCCAUUGCCUGAAAAGAUAUCCAAGUAUUUUACCUUUGAUCCAAGCAGAAUAAUUGUCCAUGUUGGUGACUUGACUUCCGAGGAGGAUGUGAAGAAGGCCAUUGAGGUUUCUAAACCAACAGUCAUUGUCCACUCUGCAUCUCCUAUCCAUGGGUUAGGCCAAGAAAUUUACGAGAAAGUUAACAUCCAUGGUACGUCCAAUUUAAUCAAGUGUGCUAAGGAAAUGGGGAUAAGAGCUCUGGUUUAUACCUCCUCUGCAGGGGUUAUUUUCAAUGGUGAGGAUGUUCACAAUGCUGACGAGACUUGGCCGAUUCCGGAUGUUCCAAUGGACGGUUAUAAUGAAACCAAAGCCAUUGCUGAAAAUAUGGUCUUAGAAGCAAACUCACCAAAGGAGAAUUUCUACACGGUGGCAUUAAGACCAGCAGGUAUAUUUGGCCCGGGUGACAGACAACUGGUUCCCGGUCUAAGGCAAGUUCUCAAAAAUGGCCAAACAAAGUUUCAGGUUGGUAAUAACGAUAAUCUAUUUGAUUGGACAUACGCUGGUAAUGUUGCUGAUUCACAUAUCCUAGCAGCAAAGAAGAUUCUCGAUCCUGCCACGGUUGAUCAGGUUGGUGGGGAAAAAUUUUUUGUUACCAACGAUACCCCAUCUUAUUUUUGGACUCUAGCAAGGACUGUUUGGAAAGCUGAUGGUCAUGUUGACAAUUUCAAUAUUGUGUUGAGCAGACCUGUUGCUAUUGCAGUUGGUUACCUAUCUGAAUUUUUUUCGAAACUCGUUGGGAAAGAACCCGGUCUAACACCAUUUAGAGUUAAGAUCGUUUGUGCAUAUAGAUACCAUAACAUUACUAAGGCGAAAACUGUUUUAGGAUAUAAGCCAAAGGUUGGAUUGGAACAAGGUAUUAGAUACACUUUAGAUUGGAUGGACGAAACUAAUGCAGAGUAA